GUAGGAAGGACACCUUGAGCACGUUGAUACAGUCGAUGUGACAGAGAAUGGGGCUUCGGUUGACGACGACACGGUACUCUUCGCCAGCUCAUACAAAACCGACACGUACCGGAUCUCAACAACGCGCGGCUGGUUGUAUAAAUUUCAGCCUCACGGAGUGAGUGCGAUCUUUGGAGGCUUAUCCGAACACUCUUUGGCUUCGUGCAGCAAGGUGCUCGUCGAAAACGUACAUCAGCUACAAUGCAUUGCAAAAGGCGCCGUAGUAUAGCAUCCUCUAGGCGGUUGCGCUUAGUCAAAUGACAAGGACUGCGGGCCGCCUGGCAUUUGGAGGCCCUGUACGAGCUGUUCACCGGCAUGAAGCUUCAUCAAUGGACAGUCAAUUGUAUUCGAACUUGGAUAUAUCACAAUACACAGUUGGCCCAUACAACGCAUAUCUCAUCGUCCAGGCACCCAACCCCAGUCGCACUUGUAUACGGAUGGAGAGUCCUCCUCGAAGACUUUUCUGGUUGGUGUGUGACAAUGGGAGACUAAGACUUGACGAAGUUUCAUCGCUUCGACCCUACGGCGGACAUCUGGCCGGCAGACCCUCAAUCACCGCCCACGGGCCUGCACGACAAUAUCCACCGCCUGGCAAGCUUUCUCCUACUCAUUCCCGAAAGGCGCUGGUGCUCGGCGGCGCUGUCAGCGCACCACAGAGAUCGUCAACCAAUGGAAAGCCCACACCAAGUUCCGGCAGCAGUACGCUCAGCCUGGCUCGCCCCAGGCGGCCCCGGAAUGGUCACGCAACCAAGGAUGAUCUUCUACAAGUCCUAAAUGAUGCUCGAGACAGGCAAGUAACAGGGCAGCUGUAUGGCGGGCUCGCCGGGGUACACAGACGCAUCACCGGUCCACUCACCAGCACACUAGUGUUCCCACGACAGCCGCAACACGCCAGACAUUCCCAAGCUGUCAAUUUCCGGUGCUUCAGUCAUUCAUCGACUCGACCGACGACGAGAACACUCUCUAAGCUGCUGCGCCGCGGGUCAAGACACAGUACAGCUGCCCAUCCAUCAAGCGCACCCCUGCGUCCGAGCUGUCCACAUGCUCUAGUACGCACCGCACCUGAGCGUACGCAUACGUCUGCCGGAUCGUCCCAAGUUUGCUCCUACUACGAAACAAGCAGCAUGUACUUAUCAAUUUGAGCCGGUUCCGAGACAUGAACGAAGCACGACUACCACGCGCUAGAGAGCGGUUAUCUUACUGCUUUAACACCUUGGAGGACAGCGCACAUCCAUCUUGCGCUCC